AUAAGCGGUCUUGGCUUUUCCUUCAUCCUCUCUCUCAAACUUAUAUAUCUCUCUGUUUUCCUCUGCAGCAACCCUGCCUCAAACAUACCUAUUAUCAUUAUUACUAUUAUAAACUAAAUUUGCAUUAUUAAUUCAAUGGCCAUAGAGUGCAUUACAAGUAUACAAUCCAUGCCUCAACCACAAAAGCACCACCAAGAAGAUGAAUCACCAUUGGUUUUUGACGCCUCAAUUUUGAGGCACCAACUCCAUCUUCCAACACAGUUCAUUUGGCCUGAUGAAGAGAAGCCAUGCAUGAAUGUGCCUGAACUUGUUGUCCCUCUCAUUGACUUGGGAGGCUUCCUCUCCGGCGACCCAAUUAUGACCAUGGAAGCCGCAAGGCUCGUCGGAGAGGCAUGCCGAAACCACGGUUUCUUUCUAGUUGUGAACCAUGGGAUUGAUGCCAAGUUGAUCUCCCAUGCUCAUAGUUACAUGGAUGAGUUUUUUGAGACUCCCCUGUCUCAGAAACAGAGGGCUCAGAGGAAAACAGGGGAACACUGUGGUUAUGCUAGUAGCUUCACUGGCAGGUUCUCCUCCAAGCUUCCAUGGAAAGAGACACUUUCUUUUCAGCAUUCAGCUGAGAAAAACUCAUCCACAAUUGUCAAAGACUACUUGUGCAACACAUUGGGAAAAGAGUUUGAGCAAUUUGGGAAGGUUUACCAGGACUAUUGUGAUUCCAUGAGCACUCUUUCUUUAGGGAUAAUGGAACUUCUUGGAAUGAGUCUUGGAGUUGGCAAAGUUUUCAGAGAGAUUUUUGAAGAGAAUAGUUCAAUAAUGAGGCUCAAUUACUACCCUCCUUGUCAAAAGCCCGACCUCACUUUAGGCACUGGACCUCACUGUGAUCCAACAUCUUUAACAAUUCUUCACCAGGACCAAGUGGGUGGUUUACAAGUUUUUGUUGACAAUGAGUGGCAUUCCAUUAGCCCAAAUUUCAAUGCUUUUGUUGUCAACAUAGGUGACACCUUCAUGGCUCUUUCAAAUGGGAGGUACAAAAGUUGCUUGCAUAGGGCAGUGGUGAACAACAAGACAACAAGAAAAUCUCUUGCUUUCUUUUUGUGUCCAAAAAGUGAUAAGGUGGUAAGUCCACCUAGUGAAUUGGUGGAUGAUUUGACCCCAAGGGUAUACCCAGAUUUUACAUGGCCUAUGCUGCUUGAGUUUACUCAGAAACACUAUAGAGCCGACAUGAAAACCCUUGAGGCAUUCACCAACUGGCUUCAACAGAAAAGGAGCUGAAAUUUGAAGCACAUGAAUGGCAUAUUAUUAGCCUUUGAUAAUCUCAUAUGAAUAGUGACAAAUCAUGUGGAGGUGUAAGUAAUGGUGGAAAGCACUUAAAGGAGAAAAAAAGGGCAGCAAUGGCACUGAGAUUCAAAUUUGAAAGAAGAAUCAUAUUUUCUUCUUGAUAUGAGUGUUGCACACUAGUGAUGUGUAAUGAACAAAACAAGGAAGAUGAAAUUUUUAUAAGGAAUCAAGAAAAAUUCGUCAGCUAAUUUUGUAAUACUUCUUUGGUGAUAUAGAAAAGUUAUUAUU